AAUCUUUUCUAUGUAUUAUUGUUUUGUUGGUUAAGGAUUUGAUCACAUUUUAUUGAACAUUCUCUUAAAAUAUUUAAAAUCACAAUGAAAGAUUAGAGAUCACAGAAAGUCCUACGAAUCCCUCCGGCGACGAAAAAAAUGGCAGCGGAGAAUAUUUUAAAACCGGUGCUUCAGAAACCACCAGGCUAUCAAGAGCUCCACGCGUCACCGGAAACUCCAAAUGCACCAUCAUCGACGCUUCGUCGCCGGCCACCAAAGCAUAUGAUUCCGGCGUCGUUUUACCCGGAGAAGAAGAAACAGUGGAGUCGUUGCCGCGUCUUUUGCUGCUGCGUCUGCAUCACCAUCGCAAUCUUCAUCCUCCUCUUAAUCCUCACCGUCUCCCUCUUCUUCCUUUGGUACAGCCCGAGACUCCCCGUCGUACGCCUCGCCGCCUUCCGCGUCAGAAACUUCAAUUUCUCCGGAGGAAAGUCCGGCGACGGAUUCUCGCAUUUGACGGCGGAAGCCACGGCGAGGCUAGAUUUCAAAAACCCUAACGGAAAGCUACGUUACUAUUACGGCGACGCCGACGUGGCGGUGAGCGUAGGAGAGGGCGACUUCGAGACGAGUCUAGGGUCAACGAAAGUGAAAGGGUUUGUGGAGAAGCCGGGGAAUCGGACUGUUGUGAUCGUUCCGAUCAAAGUGAAGAAACAAGAGGUGGAUGAUCCGACGGUUAAGAGGCUUCGAGCGGAGAUGAAGAGUAAAAAGUUGGUGGUGAAAGUGACAGCUAAGACGAAGAUAGGAUUGGCUGUGGGAAGGCGUAAGAUUGUUACGGUGGGGAUUAGUCUCAGAUGCGGUGGCGUGAGAUUACAGACGCUUGAUUCACAGAUGGCUAAAUGCACCAUCAAAAUGUUUAAGUGGAUUAAAUUGCACUCAUAAGUUAUUAUGAUGAUGAUGAUGGAUGUGUUCUUUCAUCGAAGAUUCAAGCGUGAAGACGUUGCAAACGUUCAGACAAGUGUAUCUGUAUUUAUUUUUUUAAUUUUUUCCCUUCUUGUUCAGUUGUUCUCACUUUUCG